CCGCGCGCCUCAGUCACACACGAUCGACAAAGCCGGUCAGACGCGCGCAACUUUAAAACCGUCGUCGUACUAAAAAUGAUAAACGAUUUAUAGUAAACAAUUUCGACUACUUCUCUACUUGAAGAAGUCUUAAAGGACUGUGUUAAAAAUGAAUGAUUCCGUGGGUGUUUCGAACGACACUUGGCAGUGGUACCGGGAAGUGAUCAGGUCAUGGUUGGAGGAUCCUGGAGUUCUGGUCUUCGAAGGGCUGAACAUGACAGCCCUGAAGAUGGAUGAGGCGUACAUGGUGGGCUCGUCAGAGAUCGAUGUCGGAGUUUACAGCGUUUCCGAUGAUUGUUUUCGGUGUCCAUUCAAGUUGCAGAGGAACAUUUCGGCUGGUGAGGAGACGGUCUGGGUGACGGGCACAGCCCGGCGGUCCACAUGGAGGGUGUACGCCAACUCUUCAGAACAAUAUGUCACUGCUGGAGAUACUUCAGGACUACUAUGUCAGCUGAGGCCGGAAAUGGGAGAGUUUGGUGUCUACAGGCUGAACGCUUCCACGGAGGGCUGCGACAUCCGUACCGUUAGAGAUCCAGUCGACAUUUAUUUGCCUCUACUGCUGCUACUAGGCGUGUUGUUGGGAAUAUGGAUCCUGUACGGCAUCAUAAAGCUGAUCAUGUCACGAGUGAGGAGGACUGGCAAGCUGAGGUAUGGAGACAAGGAACUAGCGAUACAGCAGAGGUUACGAGCACUGGACACUUUUAGAGGGAUGGCAAUAGUCUUCAUGAUCUUUGUGAACGAUGGUGCUGGAGGCUACUGGUGGCUAGAGCAUGCAACGUGGAACGGUCUCGUCGCUGGUGACCUGGUGUUCCCUGCCUUCCUGUGGAUCAUGGGUGUCUGCAUCCCUCUGUCGGUGAAGAGUGCCUUCGCCAAAGGAGUGCCCAGGUGGAAGAUUGUUAUGCACAUCGUCAGGCGAUCCAUCAUCAUGUUCCUGCUUGGCAUGUCUCUGAACACGAUCUACGGCUCCAACAUGCUGAAUGAGCUGCGAAUCUUCGGAGUCCUGCAGCGGCUGGCAGUGUCCUACCUCAUUGCUGCUGGUUUCUACGCCCUCACCGCUCCCAAAUACUACACUCCUCCGCGGGUGAGUGGUGCAUGUGGCCAGGCUCUUAAGGACGUAUUAUCAUGUGUAUGGUGCUGGGUACUGGCUGGUGUUCUCGUGGCUGCUCAUAGCGUCCUCACCUUCGUGGUACAUGAUCCCAAUUGUCCCAUGGGUUACUUGGGGCCUGGAGGUUUACAUGACGAUUGGGUGGCUGCGAACUGCAGUGGCGGCGCAGCUGGUUACAUCGACCGUCUUCUAAUAGGUCGAUCACACGUCUUCCAGCGAAGUGACGCAAUGCGAGUCUAUGGAGGAGAACCCACGGAUCCUGAGGGGCUUCUAGGAUGCCUUACAUCAGCCGUGCAAGCACUGCUGGGUGUACAAGCAGGUGCCACCGUGCUCCUACAGCGCUCCCACAAGGCUCGCAUCUCCCGCUGGCUGGCUUGGGCUCUGGUCUUCGCGCUAGCUGGGGCCCUACUCGCUGGUUUCUCAAGAGAACAUGGCGUAAUACCCAUCAAUAAAAAUCUUUGGUCCAUGUCAUUUGUCCUGGUAACAUCAGCUUGCUGUCUCAUACUUCUCUGUUUCUGCUACACUUUGACCGACGCCUGGAGAUUUUGGGGAGGCGGUCCCUUCAGGGCUCCUGGCCUCAACGCUAUAGCUCUAUACAUCGGUCAUUCACUCUGCGCCCAUCUGUUCCCAUUCCACUGGAGAAUCCCAGAAAUGAGGACCCAUGCUAUACGUCUUGUUGAAGCUGUUUGGGGUACUGCCUUGUGGGUCAUCAUAGCCCACAUUAUGGCCAAGAAAAAAGUCUUCGUCACACUUUGAAACCAUAUUGUAGAUAUUUUAUUUGGAAUUGAUUUAAUAUAAGUCUUAUUUUUAAGUUGUAAAUCUGAUCAUUGUAUUUCUUUCGAUUUGAUUUUCUAUCAUAGAUGUCGAUGUUAUAUAAGGGUUUUUCUUGAACAAUAUUCUAUAAUAUACGUUUGUUUUUUUGUAUUGAGAUUCUAUUGUAAUCAUUUAUGAUUGGAAUACUUGUAUUUUAAGAAUUAAGUUUAGAUUUAAGUGUAGAUAUUUAAACCAAGACUGAGCGAUAGAAAAACCAUAGGUGCUCCAAUAGUUCUCAAUGUAAUCUUUUGGUUUUUACAUAAUUAUAUGUAUUUUAUGGCUAAUAUAAAAUCUAGUCUUAAUUGUGUAUUUGGAGAUUUGGAUAUAUGUGGAUUUGUAUGCAGAAACGUUGUACGUAAGCUUUCUAAGGAAAAUAAAGGAU